AUGGCUGCCCCAAGACCCGGGGGAAGCCCACCAUCUUCCUCCUCCUACUCCCACUCCCCGUCUUCUAUCCCAGGCCCAGCUGGAGCUCUGCCGAAUGUGACAAGGGCCAGAACUACCGCCUCAGCGCCCUCCAUUCCCACGCCCCAACAGCUCCGGAGGACGAGCAGCGGCGCAUCCACGAAGCACAUCAGGAGAGUCAACACUCAGGACAGGAUAGGUGAUAUACUCGAGCUGGGCCGUGAACGCGCCGAGACUAUGUCGCCGGCCAGAAGCCCGCCAGCCUUCUUUCGCCGGGGCGGGAGCACCCCGACGAACACCGCAACCUUUGGCGAGCACGACGAGGUCCAGCAGGAGGAGCCGGACGAGACCACGGGCAUCAUCACUCGCGCGCCCAACACCAGCGCCGCCUCGGGCAUGAACUACCAGAGCACGGUCGAAUCCGCAGGGACGAGGGCGAGGAAGGCCGCGGCGUCGAGGAACGGAGACGCGCCCGCGGACGAGCCGCAGAGGCCGGAUGACGCCCGGGACGCCAGCAAGGGCGGCGGUGCUGCCAGGGCUCCGCUGCCUGGGGCCGGGAACGGCGCGCAGAACGGCCGCGGGCAGGAGAACGGCAACGGGGCCGCGGGGGACAAGGAGGAGCAGGCGUGGUGGAGGGCGACACUGGCCAACUUCGGGUCGAUAGAGCUGGAGAACAAGGGCUCCGUCGCGAGGGACCACCUGGCGCUAGAACGGACAUUCCUCGCAUGGCUACGGACGUCACUCUCCUUCGCCUCCAUCGGCGUCGCCAUCACCCAGCUCUUCCGGCUCAACACCUCCAUCUCGGACAGCCCAUCUGACAGCACGAGCCAGCACACGUUGCGCCACCUGGGCAAGCCCCUUGGCGCUGUGUUCCUCGGCAUCAGCAUACUAAUACUUUUCCUCGGCUAUCACAGGUACUUCCAGUCGCAGAAGUACAUAAUACUGGGCAAGUUCCCAGCGAGUCGCGGGACGGUCAUCCUGGUGUCACUGGUGGCGCUGGUAUUGAUGGUGAUAUCCUUGAUUGUCGUCGUUGUCGUGCAGCCGAGCGCUCGUCCAGGCUGA